AUGCCGAAAUCACGUAAAAAAAAUGGUACAUCGAGAAAUAUAACAGCUACAAAUGCGUCCCCAAUACCACUUCUUGAUAGUCUUCGUGCACAAACACAAGUACUUGAUGAACAAAAUAAUGAUAAUGAAUCAGAUAAUGAUAAUUUUAAAGUAUCGACAGCUGGUUGGCAAUGUGAUAUUGAUGAUUGGUCUAUUAAAAAAGCAACAAAUAAUGGACCAGAUAUAUUUCCUCAAACAAUACGUUCACUUGAACGUAAGAAUGAACAAGCAAAAAAUAAAAUAUUUCCAUUAAGACAAAUAAUUACUGAUGUUGAUGAAAAUAAAAUCGAAACAAAAGAACAUAUAGAUAAUCGAAUAAAGAAAACAUCAUCAAAAGAUAUUGAUUUAUUAAAAUUAACUUCAAUUGUAAAUGAUCUUAUUACAGGUAAACAUGAUCAAACAGCUUAUACGGAUUUUUUAUUAAUACUUCAACAUUUUUCUGUACAUACAUUACGUGAUGAUCAUCUUGAAGAAACUAUUUAUCAUUUAAUACAAGCAGCAGUCAGUUUUAUACGUUCAAAUGAACAACGUUUUGAUCCAUCUAAAUUACAAGAAUGUUAUCGACAACGAUCUAUUAUCAAAACAAAUUCUUCACAAUAA